AUGCAUUCACUCAAAACCAGUUGUAAAGGCUUGCGUCUUCCGCUGGUGAGGUUCAAAUCUUCUGCAAUACCUCCUAAAUUGACACAUGUUCCAAACAAGUACAACUCGAAAUCAUCCGCGUUCAAUAUCAAACCACAGCUUCCUGACGGUCUUUUCUACCAUCCAGCACCAUCGGCUUUAGAUCCGGAGGUGACGCCUAAGGCUUUCCUUCCUGAUACUGAUCCACGAAAGAGCUCAGAGCUGUACUAUCCAGAGGAAAAGUCGCGCAUAAGCUCCAACCUGGACAACAUGCCAAUAAUUUUCAAGGCAAGCACUCCAAAAAGUUACGCACUGAGCCGUGAAGAGAUCCAGGAGAUCCAGGAAAUGAGAAACAGAGGAGUUCCAAGGCGCGAGAUUAAAGCCAAGUUUAAAGUGUCAGAUCAUUUUAUCAACAUUUCGACGACGCCUAAUCCAGAGACGAUUGCGAAACAUCAGAAGAAAUUAGAACAAGCAGCGAGAAGAUGGGACAGCAGAACAAAGAACGCAAAGCUGAUCAGGCUGAAGCAAGAGAUGUUGUGGAAAAGAGAUAUGUAA